UCCCUACAAAAAGAGGACCACGAGGAGCACUGCCUGCCCAGACCGGCCAUCGAGUUCACCACCGCCAAGUUCGAUCGACGGCCGGUGAGGCAAAGAUCGAUAUGAUGCAGAUCUUCGUGAAGACGCUGACGGGGAAGUCGAUCACUCUCGAGGUCGAGAGCAGCGACGCCAUCGACAACGUCAAGGCCAAGAUCCACGGCAAGGAAGGCGUCCCGCCUGAGCAGCAGCGGCUCAUCUUCGCCGGGAAGCAGCUGGAGGACGGCCGCACCCUGGCCGACUACGGCAUCCAGAAGGAGUCGACGCUUCACCUGGUGCUCCACCUCCGCGGCGGCGGCAGGGGCGGCUACCCGACCCGGAUCGAGCCCACCCUCCUCGCCCUCGCACUCAAGUACAACGAGAAGAAGAUAAUCUGUCGCAAGUGUUACGCACGGCUUCCCCUCAGGUCUACCAACUGCCGCAAGAAGAAGUGCGGGCACAGCAACGAGCUGAGGCAGAAGAAAAAGUUUAUUUCGAAGUUUACGAUGUGAACCACUGAGGAAGCUGCGCGGCGUCAGUUGAAUCAACCGCGUUAGUGUGUUACUGUUUCGAGUACUCCAUUUCCUUUCUGUUAGUGAGUUGAUCUAUCAGAGCAUGCGUGCGUGACAGUAAGUCCGAUACUGGAUGUUCAAGCUUUGUCGCUGUUCUAUAUAAUAAAUGUGCAUCUUCUAGCUGCCGGGAA